AUGAAAUCUGCUAUUCUAUUCAUUUUCUUCUUCAUUUUCGGAUGUUUUUCUCAAGGAAUUCCACAUCUGAAAGUGGGAAAUCAAGAAUCGAAAGCAUUGGAAAUCGGAAAGAGACAUGUGAAAUUAUUUUUGGAUUCGAUAAAAAAUAAAAAUGAAAAAAUGAUUGAGAAGUUGUUCAACACAACGGGAGCCGACCAAAUGCAUAUUCCGACGCUCAUUGAUAUGCUUCAAGGAUUCGAUAUCUCUGUGGAAUCUGCGAAUUUCAAUAAAAAAGGAGAAAUUAAUGCGAAUUUGAGAGUGGAUGGAAUUGUUCCAGGAGUCAUUAUUCUCACAAAAACUCCCAACAGUCCAACAGGAUAUCAAAUCAGUGCUCUUGGAUUUAAAACUCCAAGAGGAACAUCACAUUUGGAAUUCACAAUGUGCUUCAUUGGAUUGUUCUGGUGUGCAAUCGAAUAUACCAUUAAAUGGCUGGAUUCUUAUAAAAUUUGA